ACCCGCCUCGGGAGGGAAAACAUUUCGGGGCGGAAGGCCAGCCUGGGCGCUGCCAUGCGGCAAGGACGGAGCCGGUUAAAGGCCUCCGUGGUAGGGUCGCCCUCUUCUGGGUCGGAGGACUCUGAGUGGGAGGAGGAGCGCGUGGAGCGCCUGCGGGAGCGGGCGUGGCGCGAUGGCCCGCGGGGCCCCGGCUCCGGUGGGAAGGGCCGCAGCCGCCGCUCUAGGGAACAGCGCACCAAUUGGCGCGUCCCGGCCGGCCACGAACGGAAGAUCACCGCCAAGAUCCGCGCUAGCUUGGCCAAACGUCGCUUCCAGCAACGCCCGGGGAGAGGGCCUAGAUCUGCCCCAUUGCAGCCCAGGAAACGCGCGGGAGCCGCCGCUAAGGUUCCAGAAAUGGUCAGCUGCUGAGCAUCUUUUCUCAUGAUCUCUGACUGCAACUGCUCUGUAGCUGAAGAAGCUCUGUUCAGGGUAUGCUGCUGCAUUCCAGAGUCUCCUUCCACUUCAGUUCCCAGUUGUAUCACUUAGAAGCCAUUUCUUUUCAAUAACACCAAUUCUGGGCACUUCUGUUCCACUCCUUGCAUUAUUGCAUCA